AUGCGGAAGACUAUUCCUGUUCCUGUUCCUGUUCCUGUUCCUGUGGUUGCUGGUGGUGGAAGUGGGAGUGGGAAUGACAGCACAACGACGAUGCUGGAUUUCAGAUACACGGCGUGCACGGGUAUAGCGGCGCGGCUGGCGCACGGCGUGACGAUGUGCGAGGCGUGGAAUGGGCAUGACGACGACGACGAUGAUGACGAUGGAGGCGGAGACGCAGACGCAGACGCAGACGGAGGCGAGACAACAACACGAAGCAGAGCAAGAAAAACAAGAAGAAGGAGAACAGACGGCUACAAAACAAUCUGGCGGCGCGAGCUCGACGCCGCGCUGCGCCCGUUCUUCAUCUUCAACGCCGUGCAUUUCCCCGAGUUGAAGGGGUGUGCGUUUCUGCGGCGCGGUGGUGGUGGUGAUGGCUGA